ACUUAUGUAAUAACUGGUGACCAGACGUGUUGGCGGACGCCGAGGGAGAACUCGCGAGUGAACUAUACCUGCGAUGACGGCUAUCAACUAAUGGGUCCAUCGAUACUGAUCUGUCGUAACGGGACGUGGAUUCCCGACCCAAUGCACCUCAUGUCCACUCCCGUCGACGAUCUCUUCAAAUACUCCACAUUGAAGCUUAAGAUGCCUUAUUGUAGUUAG